UCUUAAUAAACUGGAUUGUUGCGAUUGGUCCUUCCUGGAAGCUGACUAUAGGAAUACUUAGUCAUCUGCACUCAGGAGAUGUUUUUGGAACUGGGCACAAACUUGGCUGUUUACCUCCUAGUCCAUUGUGCCUGGGAUUAGCUGGCAGACUUGGGCUUUGGGAAGGCUGCUGCAGUUUACCCGAUUCUAAUCCUGGGUUUGCUGUUGCCUCUCAGUUUACGAAAAACAGAUGUCUUAAUGUUCUGGAACUUCACGAGAAUGGAAAUUACCAGCUAGAGUCUUUUGGACUGAGAACAUCGAGUUAAGACAAUUCGGAAUCCGUCCAGAAGGGGGGUUUUCCCUCCUCUUGUCUAUUUUUACUGCGUAACUGAUAGCCGUCCAAGGACCGACCUUCCUCCCUCCUUCAGUCCAUCCCUCUCACUCUGAAAUGGGAGGGGAUACAGCAGCUUCACCUUGAGAUCCCAUCAGAAGGAGAGAUUGCCGCUGCAAGCCAAGAGAGAGAGAAGAGAACAGGAAGGGCUCGCUCGCGAUUGCCUGCCUGAUUUUGGAAAGAACAGCCUACGACCCUUCUGUAGCAGGCAGGGGGACGAGAAGCAGAGAGAAAGAGAAGAUAGCAACAGCUUUCUCCUGGGGACUUGUGUGUAUGUGUUUGGUUUUUUCCUUUAAGUGCACAUCGUGCAGGGUAAAAGGAAUCAGGACCCAUAUGCCAAUGGUCUAGGAUGGCCAGUGAAGGCUCUAACAUCCCCAGUCCUGUGGUGCGGCAGAUUGACAAGCAGUUUCUGAUUUGCAGCAUAUGCCUGGAACGUUACAAGAACCCCAAGGUACUUCCCUGUCUACACACUUUCUGUGAGAGGUGUUUGCAGAACUACAUCCCAGCACACAGUUUAACACUGUCUUGCCCUGUGUGCCGCCAGACUUCCAUUUUGCCAGAGAAAGGGGUUUCAGCACUCCAGAACAACUUCUUCAUCACAAACCUGAUGGAUGUGCUGCAGCGAACACCAGGCAGCAAUACUGAGGAGUCUUCCAUCCUGGAGACAGUCACAGCCGUGGCUGCAGGAAAACCUCUUUCUUGCCCAAACCACGAUGGAAAUGUGAUGGAAUUUUACUGCCAGUCUUGUGAGACUGCCAUGUGUCGUGAAUGCACUGAAGGGGAACAUGCUGAACACCCCACAGUCCCCCUCAAGGAUGUGGUCGAACAACAUAAAGCUUCUCUCCAAGUCCAGCUCGAUGCUGUCAACAAAAGGCUCCCAGAGAUUGACUCUGCACUUCAUUUCAUAUCGGAAAUCAUCCAUCAGUUAACCAACCAAAAGGCUAGCAUUGUAGAUGACAUUCAUUCCACCUUUGAUGAGCUCCAGAAGACUUUAAAUGUGCGUAAGAGUGUGCUGCUGAUGGAGCUGGAAGUGAAUUAUGGCCUUAAACAUAAAGUCCUUCAGACCCAAUUGGACACUCUGUUGGAGGGACAGGAGAAUAUCAAAAGUUGCAGCAAUUUUACUGCUCAGGCCCUCAACCAUGGCACUGAAACAGAAGUCUUGCUAGUUAAGAAACAGAUGAGUGAGAAGCUCAAUGAACUUGCCGAUCAAGACUUUCCCCUGCAGCCCCGGGAAAAUGAUCAGUUGGAUUUCAUUGUAGAGACUGAAGGACUUAAGAAAUCUAUUCACAACCUGGGAACUAUUUUAACCACCAAUGCUGUGGCCUCUGAAACAGUUGCUACAGGUGAAGGCCUGAGGCAGACUGUGAUUGGACAGCCUAUGUCAGUCACUAUAACAACCAAGGACAAAGAUGGGGAGCUGUGUAAAUCUGGGAACGCCUAUAUCACUGCUGAACUGAGUACUCCUGAUGGGAGUGUGGCUGAUGGAGAAAUACUUGACAAUAAAAAUGGUACUUAUGAAUUCUUGUAUACUGUACAGAAGGAAGGAGAUUUUACCCUCUCCCUGAGACUUUAUGAUCAGCAUAUUCGAGGAAGCCCAUUUAAACUUAAAGUGAUCCGUUCAGCAGAUGUGUCUCCCACCACUGAAGGUGUCAAGAGGCGUGUAAAAUCUCCAGGAAGCGGUCACGUAAAGCAAAAGGCUGUGAAAAGACCCGCAAGCAUGUAUAGCACUGGAAAAAGAAAAGAGAAUCCAAUUGAAGAUGACCUGAUCUUUCGAGUAGGUACCAAAGGAAGAAAUAAGGGAGAAUUUACAAAUCUACAAGGCGUAGCUGCAUCUACAGCGGGAAAGAUAUUAAUUGCAGACAGCAACAACCAAUGUGUGCAGAUAUUUUCCAAUGACGGCCAGUUCAAAAGUCGUUUUGGUAUCCGGGGACGGUCUCCAGGCCAGCUGCAGCGGCCAACAGGAGUUGCUGUUCAUCCCUGUGGGGAUAUAAUCAUUGCAGAUUAUGAUAAUAAAUGGGUCAGCAUUUUCUCUUGUGAUGGGAAGUUUAAGACAAAAAUUGGAUCAGGAAAGCUGAUGGGUCCAAAAGGUGUGUCCGUGGACCGCAAUGGACACAUUAUAGUGGUGGACAACAAAGCAUGCUGUGUCUUCAUCUUCCAGCCCAAUGGAAAAAUCGUGACUAGGUUUGGUAGCCGAGGAAAUGGGGACAGGCAGUUUGCAGGUCCUCAUUUUGCAGCAGUUAAUAGCAACAAUGAAAUAAUUGUUACAGAUUUUCAUAAUCAUUCAGUCAAGGUCUUUAAUCAAGAGGGAGAAUUCAUGUUAAAGUUUGGUUCAAAUGGAGAAGGCAAUGGACAAUUUAAUGCCCCAACAGGGGUAGCUGUGGAUUCAAAUGGAAAUAUCAUUGUAGCAGACUGGGGGAACAGCAGAAUCCAGGUUUUCGAUGGAAGUGGAUCAUUUUUAUCCUACAUUAACACAUCUGCCGAUCCACUUUAUGGUCCCCAAGGGCUGGCCCUAACUUCGGAUGGUCAUGUUGUAGUGGCAGACUCUGGAAAUCACUGUUUCAAGGUCUAUCGAUACUUGCAAUAACAGCAGGUAUUUGAGUAGCCCUAAAUUACUGUCCUGUACUAUAAACUGGAAUAGAUUUCUCCAUGCCAACUCCAACUACACCUAGACUGAGUUCAUUUUUGUGUCUGAAGGAAUCGCCGUUGGAUUUAUUCGUGGUUGGUUCCAAAUGUAACUGUUUACUUAAGACUGUAAGACUGCACUCUGAUUUCCAUAACUCAUCUAUAGGGUUUAAAAAAAGAAAACUCUCUUUCCUGAAUCCUUUAAAACGGCAGAAUCUCAAACCUGCGAACUUUGGCUAGUAGAACAGGAAUUUGCAUUAGCUGACGACUGAUUUGGCGAAUCAAAGAAACCAACGUUUUGAAAAAGCUAAAACGUUUGAAGGCAUUUACUGAACCUGUGAAUGGUAGCUUUUGCUCAGAGCUUCCACAUACAAAACUUACUGUAGGUAUAUGUUAUUUAACCCAGGCGUAAGAUCUGGGAAUGUUCUAGACCUCAGCUUCCAUGGUAUGUAUUCCUCGUUGGCAUUCUUCAGUCAUCAUCAUCAACAACUAUAACUGAAUAGGUUCCUUUUACAAAGUAAGGCUGCCUUGCAAAAUCCUUACUGCUCUGACUGUCGGGCCAAGAUGCCUAGACAUUAGCACUAUAAGAAUCAAUGCAAAUUUCCCAUUUAUUUGGGAUUAGAUCAAAGAUCUUUUCUGUGUGUUCGUUCACCUUCUUUUGCUCACCUGGUAGCAGAACACAGAGUAUGCUUGCAGUGGGGGGGGGGGGGGGGGCACCUGAUAUUCCCAAGGCUUUGAAAAUCAUCGUCACCCUAUUGUAGUCAAUGCUACCUUUCAAUAUACAAAUAAUCCCAUCAACACAAAAUGAACAUAUUGGGUUGUAAUAAGAAAAAAAGCCAAUUCCUCCAUUUGUGCCAUGCUCCCACAUUUGUCCUUUGGGCAUUCCACAAAAGUGUAAGCUCUGCCUUCCGUGACCCAUCAGCACAAAUGGUAGGACACACAGUAUCUCCUAGGACAGAGAGCCAUACAAGUAGCCCUUUGGAGGACAUGGGGUGGUCAGCCAAAGGUAUGUGAGUGAUCGAUUAAUGGUUUCACCAUUAAAAUGAAGCAAGUGUUACCAAAGUUGUGUUACCCUAAGAACGUUACAGGUAAGAGCAUGUUAUGGUUAUUUAUCACUGAUGAAUAGAAAGGUUAAGGGAUUCUGUAUACAUGGUUAUAGGAGAUAAGGUAGUAGAGUGUAUUAUAUAUAUACAUAUAUAUAUAUAUAUAUAUAGCCAAGCAUUUGAUGAUGUAUUGAAAUAGGCAGCACCCUGGAAGAGGAGACCAUCCUCAUGACAGUUCUUUGGUACAUUCCUUUACUUCCCAAUUUGAUCUAAUCAUAUGGAAUACAACUUUUUAGGGAAAAUUCUUUAGAAGACCAGUUCAGGCCAUUUUCCCCUGAUGGUGGUGGUAGCCACCUUUUAACUAAAAAGACGACUUUGGUGAUUUUUGCAACCUAUGUGUAAUAGUUCCAACCAAGGUGAAUCCAUCUUAAGCAAUACUUAUCAGCAUAAUUAGCUCAAUGGUUAUAAGUAUUCUUAUACUGUUAAAAUAAUAUUGUUAUCUUUCCCCCCACUUAAUUUUCUUUUUGGUUAUAGUUAAGAUGAUGGUGGCAUUUGGAAAGAAGAUUUGGGAGGGUUUUUUUAAGCACCUUAGGUUUUUUUUUUGUUGUUGUUUUUUCAUUCUUUCAUCUGUACAACUAUUUGAAGAUGGUUAUGACUUUUUGUUUUAAGAAUUAAUCGUUGUCCCACAGAGGAUUUAAUUUUUUUUUAAUAGAGUAAAUCAAUGUAUCGUUUCUAGUUGGCUAUUAAGAACCAUUCGACUCCAAACAACCACUGAGCUUGGUGAAGUCUAAAUCUUUUUUUUUUUUUAAGGGAGAUGUACUUUGAGGUUUGGUACCUCUUGGUUAGGUGGAAUUUCUAAACUUUGUCUUUGUUUUGAGCCUACAAGGUAGUUGUAAAAUUCAAUAAAACUUUUCAGAAUGUUCAACCACAAUACUCUUUUCCAGAAUAAGGGCAGCAAGCCUACAGCUUUGACUCUGGUUUGUCCUAAUACUCUGCAGGACAGGGAGGACAGACACACCACAAUUAUCACAUUGUUUUUAAGCCUCAAAAAUGGGUACAAUUAAAUUUCCUUUAGUUUAUCCCAGAAUAUAAAAGAAAAAUGAAGCCUUUAUAUUAAGCAUUUUUCAUAGGCUUUCAAUCCUAGGAAUAUUUUACUUAAAGAGAAUUUUCUACUUGCAUAAUAUUUGAAUUAUGUUUGUGAACUAAGAAAACAACAUUGAAUCCAACUAGCUAUUUCACUUCUGAUACGGAGUACUAAUCCUGGAUCCAAGCAAUGCUUUUUGCCAGGCUUAAUCCUACCCCGAAGAACCUAACAGCUUAUUUAGGCCCUUUGACUUUGUUUAUAUUUAACUGAAAUAAUACUGCAAACUGGAAUGGAAUUUACUAGAAACUGCAAUUCUGACCUAUCCCAUUAUUUAAAUAUUAUUAAAAAACAAAAACCAACAACAAAAAAAAACAUAUCUUUUGGGCACUCCAGGAAACACUAAGUUUUAAAUAUAUAUAUAUUUAUACUUGUAUGUUGAAAUAUACAUAUCAUUUCCUCCUUGAGUGUAUAUGUGUGCAUUUACCAAAUCCCUUUUCCCUGAAAGAAAUUCUUGAAGUGCUUCUGAUCAGACACUGAUGAACAAGAUUUAAAUGUAAAUCUUCCUAAUGAAGUGCAACUAUUUUUGGUAUGCUAAGAGAAAGAGAUGUAGCCUUCUCUUAAGGCCCCUGGAGGUCUUUGUUUUUUCACUGUCAAGUAUACAGAACCUGUCAUAUGGUGAUGAUUAGUAGCAGCUAAUUCAGUUCCCCCCAGGGCACCUAGAAUAAAACCCUGCUGAGAAUUGUUGAAAAGUCAGUGAAUAAAGAAAGCAUCCUACCACAUUCACACUACAGACUAACCCUGCUUGACACAAGGAGACAGACAAAGCUGUCACUUGAUUAGCCAGAAACUCUUGGACUAAAAGCUUCCUAAGACAAAUGUUUGAAGGCCGGUGUGAAAAAUCUGGGUUUUGUUUUGUUUUUUCCUUUAUGAGACUUGGUAUUUUUGUCCAAAUGUUUUCUGGUAAAUAAACAAAUCCCCCCAAUCACCCAUCUUUAAUUGACUCCUUUUGUUAACCACUAGACAGUUGUCCAAAGUUCCCAUUCCAUGUGCUGCUGAAUUUACAGGGUAUGUCUCAUCUUAAGAGUGAAUUGGAACACCGGCUGAGUAGUUGGUACUGGUAGUGUACCAGAAAUCCAAGGCUUUUAAUGGAGAAGUUUUAAAGGACUCUCUAGGCGGUACUGGGAAGACUCUGAAUAGGAGAAGUUAUUAGCAUUCUAUAUAAUACCCACUCCAAUCCCUAGUUUCUUUAAAAAAAAAAAGGGAAAAUGCACAUUUUUCAAUCAUACAUAGACAUUCAUGCAUUUCUACAUCGGUUAAAAUGUCAACUAUUUUGCUGCAAACGUUUCACAGUAAACAUUUGUUGCAAACAUCUAAUAUGGCUUCAAAACAUGAUGCUGUCGAUACCAUUUGCAGGGCUUUAAAUUUUAUAUUUUUGUUAAUAUUUUUGAUAACAAAGGAUCUAGUGUUGCCAUAAUGGAAAUGAAGUGCCCAUUCAAGAUGUGUUUAUUAUGAAGAAAUGAUUUCCCCCCUUUGGUUUUGAAUGACAGCAAACUACCCAUUACAAUAAAGUAACUAACCCCCAAUGCAUUCUGAAGAGAAAUAGUGUGCACUGCUUGCGUGGUCUGCAUGUGAAGAAGAGGAUCUGAAAGAUGUUAGCACCCUAGAGUAGACGGAUCAUGGGCUAUGUUGUUCCAAUGAAUGUACAGCACUCCGUCAAUGUUUGUAAAAAGCAACACGGCCUUACUAAUCUCAAUGCUUCUGCUCUUGCUUUAUGACGUGGGAAUGUUCUCUCAUCAGCAUUGUUAGCGGAACCCUGUGCUAGAGUGCUAGCUCAUUCUCCCCUUUGGACCCUUCUCCUCCUACUCCUGGGAACAAGGAUGUGAAGGGAUUGUGUGUGUGUGUGUGUGUGUGUGUGUGUGUGUGUGUGUGCGCCUGUGUGUGUAUGUGUGUUGUCUUUUUUUUGGAGGGGGGGUGGGGGCGUUUGUACAUUCCAUCAUUAGAAGUUCCAUUUCACGUUUUAUGUACAGAACAUAUAAUGUCUUGCACUCUCUGAAGUUGAUACUGAAAUAUUCUCAUCGGCUCUCUUAAAAAAUAAAUACUGACUGCUUGUUUCAGGUUGAGGAUGAAAGCUUGUAUUAAAUGUGUGUGUGUGUGUGUGCGUGUGCGCGUAUGCGUGUAACAUCCUGUGUGUGAUGGUACUUUGGAUGCUUUAGUCUACAAAUAAAAACCUUAAAUUUAUUCUGUCAUGAAAUAUAGGAGAAACAAGAUUCAAAUGUGUAUCUUGACUGUGCACAAACUCUCAAAAUGUUAUAAUAAAGCUUGUUUCCUCUGUU